CUUCGAGCCCAGUUAUUCGCUAGGGGAUGUCCCAACAACCGCCCGUCGAAAAGUCCCUCGACAUUCCGCGCAGCUCCAGUGCCUUCCUUCGAUGAUUCCGCAAUUCCCAAGUACGUUUUGGGACCAUAUCCAUCGUUGGUUUUGCCGGAACCACCUCUUGAAUUGGCCAGCUCAGCUUAUGGUGUUGCGCAGCUUGGUGCCGAAGAAACUCAACCUAUUGUAGCGUCACAACAAUCUGUUGGGAGUUACGGUGUUCCAGCAAUUCGGCUGGACAACACAGAACAUUUCCCGUUACAACAACAGUGGGGUUAUUAUUCAGCCGAACCUUUUCAAUCGACCUCUGCUGAUAUAAGCCAUACUAACACACUACCCUCUUCCCUGGGAGGUGGUUACCAACAACCAUCAGCAACACAUCCAGUCAAUCAUCCGCAAUCAUCUUAUGGUUUUGAACAACCCAGCGCAUCUCCGCAACAGAGCGGCUAUCCAUCCAGCCAACCAUCUCUCACCGGAUCCAACAAUCGUUAUCAAACUUCACACCAAACUGUGACAGUCGAGGAUUUAAACCAUUUUCAAGCUGCUGCUAACCGUUGGAUUUCAUCAAACGGCGCGAAUGAAGUAGGUCGGCAAUACUCUACGCACAGCGACAAACUCCCCGUUGCCAUCCUGAGUUCCGAAAAUGUACUCAACGAAGACGGAAGCUUCUCCUACAACUACGAAACGGAAGACGGGAUCAAAGUGGAAGCCAGUGGAUACCAAAAGGAAAUCGGAGCUGAUCCGGAAGGUAGUGGCACUGUUGCAAAGGGAUCAUAUUCCUAUACUGCUCCCGAUGGGAGGAAAAUUUCAGUCACUUGGGUAGCUGAUGAAAAUGGGUUCCAGCCAACUGGGGACCAUAUCCCUACAGCGCCUCUAUUUGCUGCUGUUGAUAUUGCGCACCUUUCGACUAGCGAGAAGACGGGCGGAAAUGCAGUUCCCACUGGUUGGGUUCAGCCAGCCCAUGCGUAUUGAAGACGGAGCCCUACAACAUAAGAAAACGUAUGAGACAUAACAACGUUAACGCUCGUUUCAUCCUACAUGCGUGUUUUCACGAGCAAUUUUUAAAUCACGAUCGUAUCGAAUUAUUUUACGUUUUGUUAAAUUCUUUUGAAUUCUAGCGGGAUAGUAACAAAGAGUCCCUGAAUCGUAAUGUACACAUGCAAGACAUAAUACAAAUAGUUUUAAAAAGUU